AUGCCUUCCAACCGCGCUCACCGCAACAACGAGGCCGAGUCUGAUGAAGGAUCCGCCCUUCUUAGCAACAGGACAUCAUCCACCUCAUCCGCGGGUCGACGCGAAUCUUUCAGUAUCGGUCGUCUCAUCAACCCUUUCCGAGCUAGUCAAGCCAGCCAACGCUCCAACGAUGCUGGCUCUGCCCAAGGCGUUGCUCCCCAUCAACACCAUCAAUACGAUACACGCCGACCUAGCAAUGCUUUGGAUCCCACCAGCUCCGAGUCUGCACUAGCUGCUGCAUCACGUAAACGCGGAAACAAGUUCCCUCGAUCUGUCACUUUCGAUCCUCCCAAUUCUUCUUUCCCUCCUGGUCCCAAACAAGAUAACUCGAGAGUGGCCAGCUACCAUCCACCUGGCAGCAACAACCGCAACUCGAACAUGGACGACGAGUACGAUUCGGGCUACGAUAUCGAACGUCAGGGCUCGGCGUGGAACCGUCGCAGUAUCAACUCUUCUGCUUUCAGUCAUCUCGAAGGUCGGAGCUACCGUUUCCAGCAGUCGCAAGAUUCCGGCAACUUGGCUACAUCCUUGGUGCCCGGUUCGUAUACUGCCACAUCAUCUUCCAUCCGCGAUGAGACAGCUCAACUAGCCGGGAUGAUCAUGUCAGACGACGAAGGCGCCGGCAGUACAAAUGGCUCGCACAUCUACGACAUUGGCGAGGGUGAAGAAGAGUCUUCCUCUCCUUCCUCACAGCUCUUCCCUCCACCCGGCGCAAAGACCGGUCCCGACUUCAGUCCAACUACAUCACCCAUUGCAUCCUACGGCGUCAACCAAGCUGGACCUUCCAAUCUCACUAGAGCUAUGGCUCAAGCUAGCCCCCAGAGCGGCAAGACCACCAUCCUCUCCGAAGAUGACGGAAGCAGCCAAGCUACUCCCCGCGUCACUUCCGUCCUUGGUCUCACACAAGCAGUUGCAACGCCCCAAGUCUUGGACCAAGAUGAGGAACAGAAAGACAAGUGUCUUGGUGCUGCCGUGGCUGACUUAGCAAAGUCUCCCGAACAGCAGCGACGAUCUUCACACAGUCGAUUGAGGUCUUCUGCCCGACGUCCGUCGAGGCACCAGUCUGAAGCCAUGGAUCGUUCGCAGUCGCCUGGUCGACAGGAAUCCGCUUCUUCCUUUAGCCAAGUCAGUGCCGGUGGGGAACAACAGCGAGCUGGUAUUGGAUACGGAGCCUUGGCUCAAGCUGAGCAAUCGGUGCUCGAAGCAGAGCAUGUAGGCCGCAAAUCCCAUCAACAUCGUCGUGCAUCCCACCAUCCGCCAGAAUCAGUCAAGACACUCUCGCCCUUCUGGUCGUUCCUCCCUUCAAGUCUGAGGCCGGGCCAAGGCGAUCAUCCCAUACGACCCUUCGAUCCGCUCGGACACGCUCAAAACCUUGUCAACUCCGCUCGCAGCAUCACUUGGAAAUCUGCAGCAGAAGCUGGUAUCGAGCCUAUCCGCCUCAUCCCCGCUGUUAUCCUCGGUAUGCUCAUGAAUGUGCUGGACGGCGUGUCGUAUGGUAUGAUCAUGUUCCCAGCUGCCUAUCCCAUUUUCGCCAACUUCGGUGGGGAUGGAGUGUCUAUGUUCUUUGUCACCUGCAUCCUUUCCCAGCUGGUCUACACGCUUGGUGGGUCGAUCUUCAAAGGUGGAAACGGAAGUAUGAUGAUCGAAGUUGUGCCCUUCUUCCAUAUCCUGGUCAAGAUCAUCAUCGAUGAAUUGGGGGAUGAGAACCCCAAGGCGGUGAUUGCUACGACCAUGGUUGCUUUCGCGCUAUCGUCGAUUCUGACAGGAUUGGCGUUCUUGCUGUUAGGAGCGCUGAGGUUGGGUGUGCUGAUCGGGUUCUUCCCGCGCCACAUUCUAGUGGGAUGCAUCGGAGGUGUGGGCAUCUUCUUGAUCGAGACUGGGUUGGAAGUUUGCAGUCGAUUGCAGUCGGGAGAUGGAUUCCAGUACAACUUGGAGACGCUCAGAUACUUCUUCCAGUCAGGGCACAUGGUUGCGCUGUGGUUACCGCCACUGCUUCUCGCCGUACUGCUGCGGGUGAUCACUCACAGGUUUCACCAUCCGCUCAUCUUCCCCGGCUACUUCCUCAUGAUUCCCGUGAUCUUCUACACCGUCGCUUCCGGGAUUCUUCGCAUCCCAAUUCAAGACCUCCGCAACGACGGAUGGGUCUUCGACAUCGGCGAGACCGCAAGCAAAGCCGCUUUCUAUCGCUUCUACACUUAUUUCGACUUCAGCCAGACAAGCUGGCGCGCUCUAUGGUCCACCAUGCCCACCCAGCUAGCUCUGAUAUUCUUUGGUGUCCUCCACGUCCCACUGAACGUCCCCGCCCUCGGUGUCAGCAUCAACGAAGACAACGUAGACACUGAUCGGGAAUUGGUCGCACACGGGAUCUCCAACAUGCUCGCAGGUCUCAUCGGUACUGUUCCAAACUAUCUGUGCUACGUCAACAGUGUCCUCUUCUACCGUGUUGGUGGAGGCUCACGUCUCAGUGGACUCAUGCUCGCUGGAGGAACAACGAUCAUCAUGGUUGCUGGGCCAGGCACGAUCAGCUAUUUGCCGAUCAUGAUCGUCGGUGCUCUUAUCUUUGUUCUUGGUAUCGAUCUUGCGAAAGAAGCGCUCUAUGAUACUGUUGGACGAGUGAAUGGAUGGGAGUACAUGACGAUCUGGGUGAUUGUCAUUGUGAUGACCUACUGGGAUUUCGUCAUUGGCAUUCUUGCAGGUAUCAUCAUUGCAUGCUGCUUCUUUGUCGUUCAGACCUCGAGAAGGAAGACGGUGAGGGCGAUCUUUGAUGGUAGUGUGGCGAGGAGUACGGUGAGGAGACACAUGACUCAGCGUCAUUUCUUGCACGAAGUGGGAACGCAGACGCAGAUUAUCAAGUUGCAAGGCUUCCUGUUCUUCGGUACGAUCAAUUCAGUCGAGAAUUUGAUUAGGAGGGCGCUGGAUAUUGCUGCUUGGAACCAGAACCCUAUUCGAUUCCUAAUCGUUGAUUAUACACUGGUCAGCGGAGUCGACUUCUCGGCUGCGGAGGCUUUCUUGCGUAUCAACCGCCUUCUCAUGGCCAAAGGAGUGCUCCUGGUGUUCUGCGGUCUCAACCCUGACAGCGACGUCGGCGUGGCUCUGCGCAGUGUCGAUCUUUGGGCCGAUCGAAGCGAGAAUUUGGAAGUUUUCGCCAACCUUAACGAAGCGUUGGAGUGGACGGAGAACGAGUAUCUGCGCGGAAUGUAUGCUUCAAGUUUGAUGGCAGCCAAGGCGUUCGGUCAAGCAUCUUUGGCGGCGGAAGGUGGAUUGACAGUCCCCGACCAGAAACGAAAGCCUGCUUUCGUCCUGGAUCACUCGUUCGAAAACUCGCCCAGAAGACAUCAUCUGCACGAAGCAGCCAAGACUGCAGUCCAGUCCGAGCGCACAACUCCCAUUUCCGAGAUGCUUCCAUCCUUCCCUCGUUCCGAUACCAAAUUCACCACUGCUAACGAGGAGGAAGAUGAGAACGUGGGAACGCCCAAACCAGCACCUCACGUCCAACCCCUUCCUCUACUCGCCAUAACCUUCCGUGCCUACCUCAACCACCGCACAAGCGAAGAGGAAUUCUUUUCCCAACUCGUCCCCUACUUCCGCUCUAUCCGCAAAGCUAAAGGCGACAUCCUCUGGUCUCGCGGUGACCCAGCAGACGCAGUCUACCUUAUCGAGAACGGAAUCAUUAAAGCCCGCUAUAAUUUCCCACAAGAACAGUACGAAAUCAACGAAGCUAUGCUCGCAGGCACCAUUGCUGGCGAGCUAACCUUCCUCUCGAAGGAAGAAAGAAAUACGACGGCGUUUGCAGAUACAGAUGUAAAACUGUGGAAAUUGGAUCAGGAAGCAUUGGAAAAGAUGCACAAGGAGAUUCCGGCGGCCUAUCAGACUUUCGUGGAGAUAUUGCUGAGGGUGGCAGGGGAUGAACAGGAGAGUUUGAUGAGUUAUUUGGUUUCCCGCCUCAGCUAA